GAGAAGGCAGGAGGAGAGACGCAUUAUUGCAGUAGCUUUACAUUGCCACAGCACUUUACACGGACGAAACUACCGCACUUCCCACAAGACGCACAUCCGUCCGCGCAGGGAGAAAGCGAAGAGAGAGGUGGGGGGUGACAGAAAUCAAAGACAGACAACUGAUUUCUCAUGACUGGACUUUUUUUUCUUCACUUUCAAUUCUGAGAUUGCACGCAUUUGCCAGUAGCUUUUCGAAGAGGCAACUCAACAACAACCAGCCAAUCAGUGCUGCGGCUCAGCAUCCAGGAGCAGCUCGACCAGGACUCGGCAUCACUCGGACGAGCUGCUUGCAGCCCUGCAGGAAUAUAAACAUCCGUGGAUUUCUCCUGAAUGGAUUAUAAUUUACUUUUCUCUUGACUCGCAUCGCUCCCCUGCACUUCCUGUCCCCCCUGUCCAGUCACAGUGAAUUAUCGCCGACCCGUUUACGUGUCUCGGUAUAUUGCGGUACUUUGCUGACGACUUGCAGUAUAAAUGCAUCGCUAGAAGAUCGGCUCCACUGCGCAAAGACCCUCCGCCUCUCAGCGCGGCACUUAAAUCACUUUACUAAUUGAAAAUUUGGACUUUCGUUUGGACUAGUGCCUAAAAAAUUUCGUUUGUUUUUUUUCCUCUGAUUUUGCUGUUUUUUUCUUCUUCUUCUUCUCGUGUUGUACUUCAGACCCUCCCUCUCCACCUCUCAGCCCUCACCCCUCCUCCGCUGCCCGUGAGUCAGUUCAAACAGCUGCAUAGAAGAUGUCUGCCCCAGAUGCCGCUGCCCCCGCAGGUGGAGCCCCCGGCGCUCCAGGAGCCCCUGGUCCAGAUGGAGCCCCAGGCGGCGGACCUCCAGCCCCACCCAAUACCAGCAGCAACCGCAGGCUACAGCAGACACAGGCCCAAGUCGAGGAGGUGGUGGAUAUCAUGAGGGUGAAUGUGGACAAGGUUUUGGAAAGGGACCAGAAGCUUUCAGAGCUGGAUGACAGAGCGGAUGCUCUCCAAGCCGGAGCCUCCCAGUUUGAAAGCUGCGCAGCUAAGCUAAAGAACAAGUACUGGUGGAAGAACUGCAAGAUGAUGAUCAUGAUGGGCAUCAUUGGAGUCAUUGUGGUUGGAAUAAUAUUCUUGUACUUCUUCUACUGAGCUCAGCCCAUCAAUACAGAUGGAUAUGGACUUGAGAAUGAUAUGAGAGGGAAGAGAAAAAAAAUACCCAAGCGCCACUCCUCCCCUUUUAUCCGUCCUCUCCUUCCUCUCUACACACAGUCUUCCAUCAAACCAUCUUGCACUUAAACAUGACAGUAGUGUUUAUAGGUGUCUCCGCUCUCUUCGUCGCCCCUCUCCCUCCCUCUGCGUUGCUUUCUUCCACUCUUUUAAGUCUCACUCACUCUGUUCUGUCUCUGCACCUCAUGUAUUAUUGAAGGACGCAGAAGGCGGAGUGAAAGAGGAAGAAAGGAAGGGGAGGAGGGAGAGAGAAAAUUCUUGUGACAAGGGAACACGGGGCGAAGCCCCCUGAACGGAGCAAUGGGGGGAAAUGUACAAUGUACAUAAUGUGUGCAGGGAGAUGAAACAAGAGUUUGCAGUCCUGUCUACCCCAGAUACGCCAAAGCUUGUUCAUAUUACCUUUUUUGAGAGUCCUACAUUUGUAAGUUGAUACUGACAUGCUUAACUAACACUCCUUCUCUCACAUCUGCUACCAUCAUUGCUCCUUACUAACACAAGGUCAUGUUAGAUUAAGAUUAGAUACAUUUUUGUUGUAUGUGCGUGUGUGUAUUUGUGAUCCAAAGCAUUGUAGCCAGUAGCUUUUUCCGAGUUUAGCUGAUAAGCUUUUAUUAGUAACCUUUUUGUUUUUUUGUUUCCUGCCUAACUUUCUGCAACAUUCAGUAUUAACAACAAGAGGAAGUAAUGUGGAGUGAAAGAGACUGUGUGAGAGUAUGAGGAAAGGAAGAAGUGAUUCAGGGAAAAGUAGUAAGCUUUUUUCCCCUCUGUAUUAAUAAUACAAACUUCUGGACUGAUAAGCAAUUAUUAAUAAAGUAGUCAUACGACCAAGCUUCAUUUUGAGGUUUUCUACCACAGAUGGAGGUAUAGUACGGAUGUUAUGUUUAGUGGCAUAGUGAUAUGCACAGGAAGACAAAGUGAGCCACUAACAGACAAUCUACUGUACACAUGAACUGACCUGGAGGACAGCCUCUUAACUCUGACUUGGGCAGAGUCACAGCCAUAGACAGAUGAAUGUGUAGCGUCACAUUUCCCCCCCCUCCCCCCUCACUCACAUUAAAGCAGACAUCUGCAGUAUGGUAAAGGCCAAAAUGAGGUGUUUGUUUCUAACUUGCAUGGCAAACCGUGUCCAUAGUUUUGCCUCUUUGUGUGAUCUGUGUAUCUGCCAUUUCUGAAUCUAACUGCCGAUUGUACAUUUUCUUUUGUUAGUGGUUUAAACGACCUGUGUAUAAUGUCUUUCUGAUCUGAUAAUUACUGCUUAUGCAAUGCAAAGAUGCUCAAGAGUUUGCCAAAUUUUGUUAAUUUCACUUGCUUUUGAGAGAAAAAAUAUUAAUAUUCAGAGACUGCAAACAACUGCUACUAUAGUGAACUGUUAAAACAUGUAGUAUUGUAUGGAUAGAACAAUAGUACACAUACACAUCAGAUAAUGCUCCUGAAAAUGUGUUUAUAAAUUCCUUCAGGUUUUUCAGGGGGUUGUUGGAUAUAAAAGAAAAUCUAAUUUUCCUCUCUUCUGACUGAUUUUGAGAGUUGAUAAUGUUAAGAUGCAUUAUUGUAGCAGUUAGUUAUAAUUAUCUGAUGAUAUUGUGCAGCAGUAUUAUUAGAUAAUUACCACAUGAGAUAUGAGAACAUGUUUUGUGAUUUACAACCUGAAAAUGCAGUAAGAUAAUGCAACUGGAUUUGCGAAAACAAAUGCAUGCUUAACACUUUUGCUGAUGCCAAUAAAGAAAUCAUCAACAGA